CGCCUCCUUGCCAGGGUCAGUCUGGGCAGGUUGCUGCUGCGCGGCAGAGACGCGGGGACUAGGUAGGGCAGCCGGGUGCCGGCCGGCCCGGGCUGCUGCUUGCAAGCUCUCCUUCGGGCAGGAGGCGCAGCCCCCGGGAGGGUGUGUCCUUGCUCGCCCACCCUCUUGCUCUGGGGGUGGAGGGAGGAGGAACCAGCAGCGGCAGGAGGAAGUGGAGGCGGCUCGGAAUAGCGGGCAAAUGGAGACGUGAGAGGCGGCAGCAGCAGCAGCGGGGGAAGGAAGCGAGCUGGUCUCCGGAUCCCCGGGCGUGCAGCCCGACGGCCACUGGGGCUCGCCUCGGCAGCCUGGGGCAGAGGCUUGCUCGGGGCUCCGCUGCUGCCUGGGGGCUGCUGCUCGGAGAGCCGCGGCGUUGUGCCUGCUCUGCGGGCUGCUCCAUUGGCGCACGGAGGAGGAUUUCAGAAGGUAGAAGCUUCCCCUCCACCAGAGGCACCUUCCCUCCCAGCCUCUCCGCUUUCCCUUUCCUGGGAGGGCCUGCAAGUUACUGCUGCUCAGAGAGCCUGGACCCUGCCCGAGCCAGCCAAGCACGGGUCUGUCGGGAAUAUUGCUAGCGGCUUCCGAGACAGCAUCUGAUGUUGUUGUUGUUGUAAGUCUCUGCUUUAAAACUCAAGUGCAUAUGAAAUAUUAAAGCCCCUCCCCUGGAUUUUUCCGUUUUGCCUAUCUCAGAGUUCUUUGCACCCCAAGGACUGAAUGACUUCCCUCUAGAGACUUCUUUUUUGGGGGAGGAGGCACCGAGUACCAAGCUGCUGCAUCUUGUGUACCAGGCAUUUCUCUUUCCUCCUUUAAAAAUAACCCCCACCCCCACUCCGCUGGAGGGUAAGGGAAGAUGCAGACCUUUCUGAAAGGGAAAAGAGUUGGUUAUUGGCUGAGUGAAAAGAAGAUCAAGAAGCUGAAUUUUCAGGCCUUUGCAGAGCUCUGCAGGAAAAGAGGGAUAGAAGUCAUACAGCUUGACCUUACCAAACCAAUAGAAGAUCAGGGCCCGUUGGACGUGAUCAUACAUAAACUGACAGAUGUCAUCCUUGAAGCAGACCAAAAUGACAGCCAGUCGUUGGAGUUGGUUUACAGGUUCCAGGAGUAUAUUGAUGCUCACCCUGAAACCAUCAUCCUGGACCCCCUUCCUGCUAUCCGGACGCUGCUGGACCGAUCCAAGUCUUAUGAGCUUAUUCGGCGAAUAGAGGCCUACAUGCAAGAUGAGAGGAUCUGUUCACCACCCUUUAUGGAGCUGACAAGCGCCUGUGGAGAAGACACCUUGCAGGUCAUAGAGAAGAAUGGAUUAGCAUUCCCAUUCAUUUGUAAAACCAGAGUGGCCCAUGGAACCAACUCUCAUGAGAUGGCAAUCAUAUUCAACCAGGAAGGCUUGAAGGCCAUCCAGCCCCCCUGCGUGAUUCAGAGCUUCAUCAAUCACAACGCUGUGCUGUAUAAAGUGUUUGUGGUUGGGGAAUCCUACACUGUGGUAAAAAGACCAUCUUUAAAGAACUUCUCGGCAGGCAUUUCAGAUAGAGAAUCAAUAUUUUUCAACAGCCACAAUGUGUCGAAGCCAGAAUCCUCCUCUGUCUUAACAGCACUUGAUAAAAUCGAAGGUGUGUUUGAACGGCCAAAUGACGACGUCAUCCGGGAGAUCUCCAAGGCACUGAGACAGGCUCUGGGAGUUUCCCUCUUUGGGAUUGACAUUAUCAUUAACAAUCAGACCGGCCAGCAUGCAGUCAUUGAUAUCAAUGCAUUCCCAGGUUAUGAGGGUGUUGCAGAGUUCUUCACAGACCUCCUGAACCACAUAGCUGCUGUCCUGCAGGGCCAGACACCGGAGGUGACCCAGCUAAACCUCAGCAAACUCCUGGCUGAGCAGACCGGCGGCAUAGUAGGGGAGCGGACAUGCUGUGCUAGUACAGGCUGCCGAAGCGUGGUGGGAAAAGACUCCUCCUGGAUUGUGGAAAGUGAGACCAACAGCUCAGUAAAGCUGCAGCACCAGAGACUAGGCUGCAACUCUGCAGUGUCCCCCAGCUUUCAGCAGCACUGCGUUGCCACGUUGGCAACAAAAGCUUCCUCUCAAUAGCCAGACAACACCAUGGACUGAGGAAAAGCCGUGGGGAGUCAAAUCACGGUCCUAGAAUCAGAGCAGGCUGUAACAAAUUUCUAUUGAUUUAACACGAUUUGUUGAUGAAAUUAUCUGAAAAGGAGUGGGGAAGAAAAAUGAUCUGGAUACAUUUCUUCAGAUUCCAGUUGCAAAUCUGUAGUGAGCUUGCACAUGCUUGUGUUUUUAACACUAGACCUUAAUGUGGGAGGGUUGCUUUUGCGUUUCGUUUUAGAUUUUAUUUGUAAUCACCAGUGACCAGCAUUUUAAAAUCAGACCUCAUGGAACUGGAAAGAAUUAUAGUUGACGUGGCGUGCGUGACAAUGCUAGAGAUUUUCACCUUUCCAGAGUACUUCCCAUUCCCUCUUUCCAGCUGGACCCUUGAAAAGAACAUUUAAAAAAGCUUCAGUAUCAGCAGAAUAGGUGUGCCCAGAGCUUCAUUGGCAACUUGCUGAGGGCAGUAGGGCUGCACCUUAUUUGAUGGCUCAAAACAGAUUGCAGCUGCCGUCCUGUUUAAAACUGAGGUGGAGACUGCAGUUUCAAUUCAGGGGUUCUCUUCCUUGAACCGAGUUGCUUAAGAUAAAGGAAGCUUCAAAUUGUAUUUUGCCACAAGAAUGCUACCAUGGCAGUAAAGAAUCUUUUUUGAUCCAGCAAGGCUUGAGUUUUAAAAGCAAAGGAUGCAUACUACUAGUGGGAGUUGGGUGUCUUGGUAGAUAAAACACUGCUCUUUGUACUUUUGGCUGGCCAUGAGACCCUAAAGCUUAUUCUUUAGCCGAGAAAAUAAUUGUCCUUCCAUUUCACUCAGGCAAAGUGCAGGAAUGCUUUGCUAGAGGGCUAGCAAAUGGAUCCAUUUUUACUUUCACAGAGUAGUACACCAGCCUUGCACAUCCUGUAAAUACAUGUGUAAUUCAGAUUUGUAGCCACUAUUCUCCAUUAAUACACGGCUAUGCAUAAAUCAUUGCUCUCAACAGUGAUUGAACAUGAGCAAAAUUGGAGCGAGCAGGGUUUUGUGUAGGUUAUGAUUUGUGACAGUUUUUCUGAUUUAGAGACUGUUACUAUCUGGGACUGCCAGAGGAGGCUAGGCAGGUAAAUUACAAGAGUAGUGGGUGUACUCGUUUGUGAACUGUAGCACAGGCUGAUCAUACAUUACAGUUGAGAUACCGUAGCAAAACUAAAAUGUAUUUUCUCUUCCUGCAACAUGGCAGCAUCUUCUGUCCUUUUAAAUUUCCUGCAGCUUUUGUCAAUCGUGAACACUAAAUCGGAAGUAACUGAAUCAGUCAAUGCUGUAAAAGCAGGUUUCAAGCAUACACAUUAUUUUUAUGGGGCUCACGGCCUUUCCAUCUUUAAGAAAUCCCUAAAAUAUGUUCACGGAGAUGCUAUUACAAAAGCUCUGGGAUGUGACAAUUCCAUGUUUUUCUAUGUUAAGCAUUUAUAGAGCAUGCAUCACCAUAACACCGUAGCAUCAACUAUUCUAGUAUCUGAUAGCCACUGUGGAGGGAAGGAGCAGGUAGGGGAUGUAACACAACCUUAGGAUAGUGGAGGUAGCCAGAGCAGGAAGACAGGGAGGGAGGAGUGAGCCAAACCAUUUGAAAAAUGCUCACUGCCAUAUGGUGGUGGGCCAUCCCUCAUGGAGAAGUCCUAUAGGUUCCUGUAAAAAUCACUCUUAACCUUUCUAUAGGGUUUUAUUGGAGGGGAGGGGCUAUCCAUUUCUGUUAAAUUCUACAAGACUGUUCCAUAAGGAAUGUCAUUUGUCUUUGGGAUUUCGGAGUCAGAUUUGUAUGAAACACGAAUACAGCAAAGUUCCUGGAUUUGUGUACAAAUCAAUUCUGAAUUGGGCACCUGUCAUAACCCUAGUAUGCAUUGAGGCUGCUGAAUAAUUGCUGAAUCCCACCGUUUACUGCAUGUUGUAGGUCCCAGGUGGCAGGGGUGGGAGUGAGGAGGACAACCAUAGUUAUGGACUUAUAACAAUGAUUGAUCAAACCUUUCCUAGAGCCAAGACUGAAAUAAAAUAGACAUCGAAAGGUUUUUUUUGAGAUCUUUUUAUGUUUCAAGUAAAACAAAGAUGCCCUCAGGAAGGAACCCACCAGUGUGUAUUUUUGUAUGGUACUCUUGUGUAACUGGUGGGUGGAAUGUUUAUAGAUUUGCCAUUUGCUUCCUUUAUUAAAAUGGAAAAAAUGUAAUGGGUGGUGGUGGGAGGAAAAGAAGUGAUGCUUAAUAUGGUUUAGUAACACGAGACCUUUCAAACUAACUGUGUUUACGUGAAUCAGAGUGUUGGAUCCAGUUAAAAUGUCUGUAUGCUGUUUCCUAGUUAUAACAUUGAAUAAGAAUUUAUUUUCCCUGGCUACCUUCUGAAUUUUGGUUGGCCUAUUUUGCACUGCUUUAUUUCUCCAAAAUAAACUACUGAAAUACAAUUGUGCAUUUUACACUUGUUUACAAAUGAUUGUUAAAAAGUUUAUUUUGUAAUUCUCUGAAGCCUUACAAGAUACUUUACCUAUUUAAGUAUAAUCCAGACCUUGGCAAUAAUUAGAAAAUAAGCUUAGUUCACUAGCAUGAUCCCUGACAGGGUCUUUCCAAAAUUCUAUAAUUUAUUUUUAUUUAGCUAGAUUAUUGGUAUCACUUUAAUUUACUAGGCACAAAUAUCAUGCAAAUAUUCUUUAAUGACAUAGCAUUACAAUGGGAUUUCCAGAUAGCUGCAUGUAGCUACAAUUUCAAGUAGCUACAAUCGUGAUAUGUUUCUUCAGAUUGACUCACACAGUAUAAUUUUGCUAAUUCACAUGAACAGCUGGGAGACCAAUGAUGAACUAUUGAAAUGUGUGUUCAUGUAUCAAGUACACGAACAAAUGCAGCAAAACAAGGAACAAAACAAACCACCCAAGAUUACUUCACUGUAAAGACAUUCAAGCGUGUGCUCAACUUUAAGCAUGUUUUAAGUCCAUCCCUAUUCUGGAAAACACUUAAACACAUGCAUCACUUUAAACAAGUGCUUAAGUGCUUUGCUGAAUCAGUGCCUUAUUUGGCAAGUGUAGACUAGCUUUAGUUAUGAUGAUGCUUCAUAGUAAACUAGUUAAUAUUCUAUAGUAUAUUUUAUAAAAGUAAUGAAGUCUUAGUAAUAUUAGACCUCACUAUAGUGUCCUUGCUAUUAAAACUUUCCUGAGAAUUAGGGAGAGACCACUGUUUUGUGUAUGUGAAUUAUAGGGUGUGUGAAUUAGUGAGAUUCUGCUGUGGUUUCAGAUGUUUACAUACUUAUCAUUGUAUGGAUUGAUAUCAUUUCCACGGUAAUUAGAAUGGUCAACUGUUAUCCAAAAUGGGCCAAAUUCUGUCCUAUUAACUGUUGUAAAAUCUGCAGUAACACUAUUAACUUCAUUGGCCUUUCUCCACAUUUACUCUUGUUUAAAUGGAGCAGAAUUGACUGUGAAGGUCAAAAUCUUGAUCCUAUUGAAUCCAAUUAUAGUUUUGCAAUUCAAAGAUCAAGAUUUGCCUUUAUGUAGAGAAUACUUGCAUGGUAUUAGAAUAACCUGUAAUGGAAAACCGUUACCAUUUAUCCAUCUAUCCACCCGACCGGCUUGCUUUGCCACAUUAUGCUUUGAUUUGUAAUGGUAAAUCAUUCAGAAGUUACAUACUGCUUUAUUCAAAGUGCAGUUUUAAAAUGCAACCUAACUGUGAUGAUGAUCAGUGGUUAUGGUUAGUGAAAUGGAACAUACACUUGGACUAGGGCAUUUUUCCUUUUGUUUUGUCCACAUGUCUGGAUAUACAAAACCUAUGUGCUUUAGAUGCUGACUGACUGGGCUGGCUGGCUUAUAGGAUGCCUCUUGUAGCUUGUAGACUGUUGAUUUGUAAAUCUAGGCUUUUUAAAAAUCUGAAUGAUAAAGUGGUUCAAAGAUCCCAGUUCUAAAUGCAUGUGCACUUGUAUGUAGGAGAUCUGUUAGAUUUUGGUGUAAUCUUCUGCAACAGGUUGCAGAAACAAAACCACUGAUAAGGUUUUUGUUUGUUUGUUUCAUUUUCUUUUAAGUAGGUGAAUACACAUUAAGAGCCUGACCCUAAGGGCUAGUCUACACUGCCAAGGCAGCGCUUUAACGUGGCUUCUGUAGUCACGGCACAGAAAAACCACCUCCACGAGCGCGGCUACCAGCGCUGUGCACUGUCUACACUGGCGCUUUACAGCGCUGAAACUUGCUGCGUUCGGGGGGGGGGGUGUUUUUUCACACCCCUGAGCGAGAAAGUUGCAGCGCUAUAAAGUGCCAGUGUAGAUAAGCCCUGAGACUUCAGUGAGAGUUGCAGGUGCUAAGGCUCUCCCAGGGUAAACCCCAAAAUUCUUCAGAUAAUUUAGGACUGUAUCAUGAAACAUGCAAUUGGUGUUUUGCACAGAAAUCUGUAUCAGGAUACAGCCAAAAGGCAACAGAGUAAAACUGGCCAAAAGCUUUAGAUAUCUCUGGAAAAAAUAAUCUUUGAUUCUUUCCAGACUUCUCAGUUUUUAGGCAAACAUUUGCUUCACAAAUUGUGAGAGUGGUAGUAGUGUCAAGUGGAUCUGUUUUUUGUUUUUUUGUUUUGUUUUGUUUUUUUUUCCAAACUAGCUAGCAGCUCUAAGCCUGCACAGCUGUGCAGAAAAUCUUGGUGGUGUGUGUGUGUUUUUUUGUUUGUUUUUUUUAAAUGAAUAAACUCUAGUACAUAGUUUGUCACAGUUAUCCCUGUGCCACUUGCGGUAAUUUACUUGCAUUACCUUUGCUAAUUUUCUUUUCUUUUCCCCUCCCUUUUUAGUAACUGCUAUAUUGUUUUAUAGCCUUUACAUGUAAAUUAUGCACAGUAUUGCAAUACUUUUUAAAAAUUAGAAGUUGGAGAAAACAUUCAGUGUAGAUUAAAAUGUUUCCUUUAAUAUAAUCUCCUUUUACACACACUCACACUUUCUCUGUCUUCCAGAUCAGCUUGUUGAUUUUAUUUGUACCUGCUGCUUUAAUACCAGUAUCAUAGGGAUGUACUCACCAGAAUAGAUCCUUUUGCACCUUCAUUUCCCCCACCCACUCUAUGGAUCUAGGCCACCAAAAGCUAAACUCGUGACUGCAUGUGUCUGUUUAUAUCUGCACUAGAUUCAACAAGUUCUCAUGUGGUUAGAGUUUUAAAAUACAUUUAAGUGAAUCUGGUUCUAAAUAGUGCAGUGAAAUCUAUAGUAAAGUAGAGUGAACGUUAUGGAGUAUUGCAGCACAUAGCAAUGUUUGGUUGCUGUUUGAUUUAUACUGAACUUCUGCUUACUGUGAAGCUUUUCUGUAGUGGGAAGACAACGACGUCACUAUAAGAAGAUUGUGUGUGCGUGUGCGAGAGACAGAGAUAGUCUGAUGGUGUCACAUGGACUUGGAACUGUGGCUUGAGCCAAUUUGUCAUUAUUUGCACAGGGAAGGAUGGUGAAUAACAAGAAUCCAAAUCCCUUUGCUGGCUUGUAGCUCCUGAUGGGCUGUUUCAUUGGUGCCCUGGAAAACUCCAGAAUCAGCCAUAAUUGCUAAUGAAUAGAGCUCAUAGAAAUCAGGUCUUCCUGUUAAUCCUUUAAAGGAAAUCCAUAUUGUAUUUUCUUUAUCUUCCAUUCCUUCUACAGUAGUUUUCAGAUAUAAAUUAAUUUAACAAUCUUGUAUGUGAAAAGGCAUAUAUAUCUAAACAUAUAUUAAAAUUAUAAAAGGGCACAUCUAUGUAAGUAUAAAAUAGUGACUCCUAUGUUUGAGAUGUUAGCAGCCCAAAAGAAUGAGAGAGUUGUUUAUCUCUUGUAAAAAGUCAGUGCUGUUAAAAAAAACAAUAAAAUGUAUUAGAUGUAUUUUUUUUAAUUAUUUAUUUCUUUGGAUCAUUUAUUUGGUAUUUUACAUAGCUCCUGCAUAUCCCUGUGAGAACCACACGUCCCACUGAAAUGCAGUCAUUCUCCCUACAAAUAAUCCCUUAAAAUCCUACAGCUUUAAAAAAAUAUCCCUUCCUGUGUGAAUGGAGUUGUAUACCCCCUUUGUUGUCCUCUUAGGCAUGUUUAAAAUUCAGUGUCUCCAGUCCAAAGCCAUCAGUUUUUGGGACCAUUUUUUUGGGGGGGGGUGCGGAGUUUCACAAGUACAGUAAUGUCCACACAUGAACCAGCUUUAUAGUGUUAACAAGUAUGUUUUUGUGAUUUGCUUCAGUCCUGUUCACAAAUGACUUAUGAAAAAUAAAACCAGUUUUGUACUUAAUUUGUAUAUAAAUAUAUAAAAGAGAAAAAUUCAUGGCUUAUUGUAAAAACCAAAAGUAUUUACUCUUUGGCUUUUUACUUAUACUGCAUGACUGAAUACAUGUGAUGAUGACAAUGAAGAUGGUGCUUUGUUCUCUCUGGUACCAUUUAUUUCAGUGGCAACUUACCCCUUUUCCUCAUUUGCCAAGCACCUGUGAUGGACACUAUUUUGAUUUUAACAGUAGAAUAAUAUGCAGUACAUAUUGUAUUGUUAUUUCUGUAACUGUUUUGGAGACACAACUGUCCCUUUCCAACACAUAAUGAAAUAAAUGCCUUACAACAUC